AUGGAUGAGACGGACGUGGCAGAGCAGGCAGCGACGACGUCCCGCGACUGGGACGGCCUGCCCGGUGAUCUCUUGACGUGCAUCGGCGGGCUCCUUGGCCUCCCUGCCCGCCUAUGCUUCCGCGGAGUGUGCCGGUCCUGGAGCGCAGCGCUAGCGCUCCCGGCGAUGCCAUCCCCGUGGCUGGUGAUCCCUGACGGCUGGAACAUCUGCGACAGGGACCGCUUCAGUUUUCACUCGCUCCCGACGCGCAGCCCCAUGCGGUGGACGCUCCAGGGCGAGCGCUGCAUCGGCUCCAGCGGCGGCUGGCUCGCCCUCGUCGACGCCGGCCUCAGCAUCACGCUGCUGAACCCCCUCACGGACGCGCAGCAAGCAGUCCGCCUGCCUCCGCUCGGCCCGCUCCGACGCGACGGCAUCUUUGCCUACACGCCAAUGUCGCCCGACGGCACGCUGCAGCUACGUACCCAAAAAGACAAAAUACUCUUUUCCAGGGCUCAGAAUUGUUUGGUCCAAAGGGUGGCCUUCGCCCCCAACCCUACCGCGCAGGACUACGCGGUCGCCGUCCUCUGCCGCGACGACCAAGGCCUGGCGUUCACGACGGCAAGCAGCAACGGUUGGCAGUGGCUGGACUGGCCCGUCGCGGCUGGCCGCGCCGCCCCACAAGAUGGCGACGAGGAGGAGGUCGAGGUCGAUGCCGUAUAUGUCAACUGUGACCUGGACCUUGUCUACCAUGGAGGCAAGUUCUACUACAUGACGCUGUGCGGGCAGAUAUGGGCCCUCGACCCUGCCGCACCGUCUCCAGUCGCGCCGGUGCCGUUCGCCAAGUGGCGCCCCCCAGGCCCCGACCACUAUCACUACGGGAAGCACCUCGUGUUCACCGACGACGGGGCGCUGCACGUGGUGUGGAGCGACGUCCCCGGCCUGUCCGAUGCCACGUGCGCCCGCCCGAUGCGAAUGCAUGUUAAGAGGUACGAGCCGAGCAGGCGCGCGCGGCGCUGGAGGAAGGUGCGGCACCUGGGCGGCAGCGCCUUCCUCAUCGGCAACCGCAACCACUCGGUGGCGGUGCCGGUGCCGGCCUCUUCGCCGUCGACGUGGUUGAGGCCCAACUGCGUCUACUUCACCGACUUGGCUCCAGGUUCCGACAACUUCAAGGAUCGCGACGAGUAUGUGGACCCGGGGGAGAUUUGGGAGUUCGACGUGGAGACCGGUAGCUUUCGGGCGUGCGACCUCGGAGGCUUGGAUUGGUUUGACUGGCAUAAGGCCAUCUGGUUUACACCUAGGGGUGGUGGGAAUCCGAUUACAGACCGGAUAGUUUCCUUCGCACAGUUGUUUCCACAUCUUAUUUGCAAGUAA